AUGCCUUGCAGAAUUCCCCGUGGAAGUCUGCGGCGAUUCCGGCGACGUAAACGAGCGGGGCCUUCGUCGGUAGGAAGGGGCUCCGCGAGAAGAAGACCGCGCAAACGUACCUCUGGGUCCGUCGUGGUGUUGUCCGCCGGGGGUGGCGGUGGCAGUGAAGGCGGCGGUUGCAGACGCCGUGAUUUGGAACGUCGAACGGGUGGCGGUCGGGGUGUUCCCUGUCUUGCCACCAUCAGCUCUUCUGUCGCAGGAAGCGCGGGGGGUUGCGGCCCCGUGGUGGGGCUCCCCUCCUACAAAAAGCGCCAAGGCAGUGUCAGUGUCUGGAGUCGCGGAAGUCGUGGACGCGGCAGAGGUCGCGGGGGCGGCGCGAACCUUUUUGGUUCCGGCGUCGCCCCCGCGAAUUACGCACCAGGACUGCAGGGCGUUGCGCCUGGGCUGCGGGAGGUCGUGAACAUUCUCGGCAAGAGGAAUCAAGCUGGCACCCUGUCGGGCGUAGGCCCGCCGCCGGGAACGCUGGAUAACGACAGCGAGGAGGAGGGAACUUCCACCAAGAGACCACCACCAAGGCCUCUCUACAGGAGGUUAAUCAACUACGUGAGGCAAGCCUGGACCGGCGUCAAGUUCGCCCUAGACUCGGAAUACGAGGAAGAGCAAAUACCGAGGUACAGGCCAGACUCCUUAGCGAGCCUUUGUCGAGCGACCAGAUUCACAGAGGCUGAACUGAAGAGGAUAUAUCGCGGCUUCAAGGCUGAAUGUCCUACGGGAGUCGUCAGAGAGGAUACUUUCAAGUGCAUCUAUUCACAGUUUUUUCCCCAAGGAGCCAAUACAAGUCAGUACGCCCAUUACGUUUUUAAUACUUUGGACCAGGAUCACAGCGGGCUUCUCAGUUUCGAGGAUUUUGUUACGGGCCUGAGUAUACUAUCUCGUGGCUCGAUAGACGAAAAACUUCGUUGGACGUUUUCUCUUUACGAUAUCAACGGCGACGGCUGUAUCACGAGGGAGGAGAUGACGGACAUCGUGACUGCCGUAUACGAGCUGAUGGGAAAAUUUUCUGAUCCCAACUUGGACCAUGAGGGUGUACGCGAGAAGGUGGAUCGGAUGUUUCAGAAAAUGGACGGCAACAGAGAUGGUGUAGUGACGCUAUCCGAGUUCUUGGAAGCUUGUCGAGCAGAUCCGGAUAUCUCAACCAGCAUGGCUGCUCUAGACACUGCCUUCUGACACUCACCACGUCCGCGAUACAUACCAUGGACUUGAAGGGAUCACUCAAGAUUAGAAAAUAAAUCGCUCAAUGUUGUACCUUAUCUCCUUGGACCAGAGAGAGGAAAAAGAAACUCCUCAAAGUGCGUCCCGUCGUCCUGGAGCGACUGAUAUGCGAUUUUUCAGAAUUGAUUGUUUCGAGAGACGAUAUUACCCGCUUCGCGCGUUAGCUCAACAAAAUCUACUCAGCGGAAUUUCUAGAUAUGCAAAAAGAGAAUACUACGAAAGAGAGUAAAAGAAGAGUGUACAUAAAUGGAGUGUUUUCAGCUCGAAAAAUUUGUGACUUACAAUUAGAUGUACCAAAAAAUUACAAAAGUGGUUGUUUUGUGAUAGAAAAACGAAAACUAGGCGAAUAUUUGAUUGAUGUGCUGCCUCCCUCUUCCCCGAGAUAGAAUGUUUAUAGAAAUUAGGUAUCUGCAAAUGAGGAAAUAUAUAUGCAGGAGCAGAUUGGAAGCAAGUAACGGAAUAUUAGAACAAUAAAAUAAUUUUGGUAUUUUGCUUGAAACUUGCUUAGAAAAUGACGAUGUCUCAUGCAAACAGCAUGACAUUUGUUACGAAAGGAAUGUAAUAGGCCCUUCCAAUAAUUGUCAAGUGUCGGCAAAGUGGCAAUGAUUUCAUAAAGCUUUAGCAUUAGCAAGUAUGAAGUGGGUAAGGAAUAAACGAGAAUUAGGAGCGGAUCUUUGUAUCGAAUGGAUAUUGCGUUACCGUAAAUUGUAAGCGAAAGAUUAAGAAUGUAUUUUUGAAAUUUAUGCACGACGUUACUCGCACUAUUUUAUUUUUUAUUUUA